AUGGAGUCUACAGGAGGAAAAAAAAAUACGCCCAAAGACAGUCAAAUCAUCGUGUCGAUGAUGGAAGAUUUAGGAAUUGUUGAAUAUGAUCAACAAGUUUUAAAUCAUUUUUUGGAGUUUAACUUCAGAUACACUACUCAAUUAUUGGAAGACGCUAAAGCAUUGUCAAACUCGGCGAAAAAGAAGAGUGUUGAUGCCGAUGAUGUGAAACUUGCAAUACAAAUGGCCCAAGGGGCAGUGUUUCCUGGACCUCCUCCGCGCAAAGUAUUAACGACAGCAGCCACAGAAGUAAAUAAAAUGCCAUUACCUCCACCAAGACAUGCCAGUCAACUGCAAAUUCCACAUGAUAGUCCAAAUUUUGUAAAAACAAAAUACAGGCUUAGAUACGAAUCGCCUGUAUGUUCUGGAGAAAAUAAGCCCAAGGAUCUUAAAACAACAACUGCACAAAUGUUAGCGGAGUCUAGAAGAUUAGAAAAGGAAGAUGAACCCUUGCCGCAAUCCAGUCAAAUGAAAACUUCACUGGAGGCUGAAGUAAGAAAAUUUGAAAAUUGUCGAAGGAGUCACGAAAGCACUCGAGAAAAUGAUAAAGAUGAAAUUAUGGAUGAUUAG